AUGCGGUCGGGAUGUUGGUACUUACAGAUGCCCUUCCUCCGUGCAGAAUGGGUGAUGAAUUGGAUCAUGUUGCUCUCGCUGUGGCUUACCAUGGCUUGGGGUAUGAGGACAGAUCAGCUUAAUGAACUCAGAAAGGACACUGAGCAUAUGUUCUACCACGGUUUCGACAACUACAUUACGCAUGCCUUUCCCGAAGACGAGCUACGCCCUCUAUCCUGCCGUCCGCUAGUUCGCGACCGAGAUACCCUUGCGAAUGCAGGAUUGAACGACGUUCUGGGGAAUUACUCAUUGACCUUGAUCGACAGCCUAUCUUCACUAGCGAUACUGUCAUCUAGCCCAGACGAUGGUGCAAGAGCUUGGGCACAUUUCCAGGAUGGUGUGAGGGACUUUGUGAAGCUGUACGGUGAUGGCUCAGAUGGCCCUGCUGGCCAGGGCGAAAGAAGCCGCGGGUUUGACAUAGACAGUAAAGUUCAAGUCUUCGAGACGGUCAUUCGGGGACUAGGCGGACUACUUAGCGCUCAUUUGUUUUCUGUGGGCGAUCUUCCCAUUACGAUAUACAGCCCUCCUGAAGCCGAGGUCGCAUUCGCCAAAGCUUGGGAUAAGACUUCAUUCCCCCUAAAUACACAGGGAAUCAAAUGGGAGAAUGGAUUCGUUUACAAUGGCCAAUUUUUGCGACUUGCUGUUGAUCUGGCGAAUCGUCUGUUGCCUGCCUUCUAUACUGAGACCGGUCUUCCUUAUCCCCGUGUCAAUCUGCGAUAUGGAGUCCGACGGCACCCAUUCUAUGCAAACUCGCCGCUAAAUGCCGCCUUCUCGUGCGACAAUACUAAAGAUCACGAGAAUUGUAAGUCUCGUCGCAUUCCAUUGGUAGAAACGACGGAGACAUGCAGCGCGGGCGCUGGCAGCUUAGUCUUGGAGUUUACUGUCUUGAGCCGGCUUACCGGAGAUGGCCGGUAUGAGGAGUUGGGUAAAAGAGCCUUUUGGGCGGUUUGGGCAAGAAGAAGUGAUAUUGGGUUAGUCGGGGCAGGCAUCGAUGCAGAAUCGGGUAAAUGGGUUCAUCCUUACACAGGGAUCGGUGCAGGAAUUGACAGCUUCUUUGAAUAUGCUUUCAAAUCGUAUAUCCUGCUGUCAUCAGGGGAACGGUUCCCGCGCGAUCUCAAUAGUUCGUGGCAUGCCUUCGACAAUGACUUUCCACCACUAAGCGAGUACGAGAAUUCUGCAGAAGCCUUUUUGCAAGCCUGGCAAGAAUCACACGCUUCAGUAAAGCGUCAUUUGUAUCGUGGAGAAGGCUAUCAGCACCCACAUUUAAUCCAAGGAGAUGUUUUCACUGGCGCCACGCGGGCGUUUUGGAUCGAUAGCCUGAGCGCCUUUUACCCAGGUCUCCUAAGCUUGGCAGGAGAGAUAGAUGAGGCCGUAGGGAUUCAUCUUCUGACAACGGCUGUUUGGACCCGGUUUUCAGGCCUCCCUGAAAGAUGGAAUGUCGUUACGGGGGACAUAGAGGGGGGUCUGGCAUGGUACAGUGGCCGGCCCGAAUUUGCUGAAUCAACGUUUUAUCUCUAUCAAGCCACCAAGGACCCUUGGUACUUACAUGUUGGCGAGAUGGUACUACGCGAUCUUAAAAGACGGUGCUGGACUAAAUGCGGCUGGGCUGGCCUUCAAGACGUCCGCAGUGACUAUGCGAAGGGCCGCCCAAGCGUGACAAUGGCUGAUUUGUCUUCACCGACGAAUUACACAUUCUUCCCUUGGACUUUGCCAGCUGAGUUAGUGCCUUUCAAUGCAACGAGCUCACCAAUGACAGUUCGCCCCACACUUGACAUUUCGUUCCCGUCUCUUCCCGGCAUGUUCUUGGGGUCCGGCUCCUUGGAACGAGUCCAAGAUGGCAUUCUCAUCAAGGCCAUCGGAGGGCUCCGGUUGAGCAUGGUUCAAGAUGUUUCCCCACAGAAUGAGGCUGGCACGAAAAAUGCAGAGUUUCGAAUACAAGUGAUUAACAAUGUACCGCUUGGAAAAGACGAGAAGGUAUAUAUCUCACGGGAGAUCACAUUCGAUGUCCUGGAUCCCACUGAUCCGAAUUUCACUCGCGUGCGCGACUCCGCAAUGAUCGACAUCGUCAUUGACGUUAUCCCAGAGAACCUCCGCCGAAGGAAUCAUUCAGGUGAUCCACAGGGAUCGACUGCUGAGCAUAGCCCAAAGCAUAUCAUCGGCGAGUCCUCCGCUGACGACAAACUUGGAGCCGUAGAUCCGUCGGCGUCGAGCGUAAAGAGUGCUUUAUCGUCCUUUGUGAAUCAUGUGUCCUGGUUACUCUGGGACGAGUCUCAACCCCAAUCUGCCUGGCCGGCUGCGGAGAAAAAGCCAUUUCUACGAUUAACGUUACCCGCUGCUAUGGCUUCUGGUUUAGGCUCUGCGCCCAUGCCUGAUGUAGAGGACUCCUCUACAUUUUCUGUCACGGGGGAUGUCCCCAAAAGUCGACUCCCAUGGUCUACGAUCUACUUCGCCGAUGAGCUCUGUGACCAUCGGAUCCUACGUGACAUCGCACAAACUCACCAAGUGCUUGUCAUCAAGCGAGGCGGGUGCAGUUUCUCGCAAAAGCUGAGGAGUAUCGCUGCAUAUCCACCCUCACGACAUGCGCUAAGGCUCGUUAUUGUUGUCUCCUACGAGGAGGAGCCAAUAGACGAGAAUUUAGAACCACAAGUUAAUCCUUUCUCGAGCCUAGCUGCCGUCCGCGCGGAGCCAUAUCUUGUUCGGCCAUACCUUGACGAAACUCAAAUGACCGCCGGAGGGGUGCCUCGUCGUCAUCUAAUCAGCCUGGUCAUGGUCGGUGGCGGAGCGGAAACAUAUGAACUACUCCGCCAAGCCACGGGCGUCGGCAUCAAGCGACGGUAUACUGUGCGAUCGCAGGGCAUACCAGUUAGUAACCUAUAUAUCAUCUAG